CUCGGCUGCUUUCUAUCACUUCCAUGACACCCAUUUAUCUUGCGCACUGUUGGCCGCCUCCUCUGACCCUCUCCAUCGACGCCAUGGCCACCUCGGGCGCAUAUUCCAUCACGCAGCCCAUGUGCGCGGCUCGACAAGGUGGCAAGCCCUGCAGCGGGAUCCCGCGCGUCCCAUGCCCCAAAUGCCUCGUCGUGGCGUACUGUGAUUCUGCCUGCCUCAAGCGCGACUGGGGCAUGCACAAGCGUGAUUGCUGUGCUGAAAUACCGGACGAUAGAGGCCCUCCUCCGACAGUUGACACCAGGAGCAGGAAGUGCUUUUGGUCGAUAGAACCGGCCACUGAUAUGAUCAAUCUCGAGAAGAACGAAGGUGUCGGGUUUGACGACGAGCUGCGUCUGCUGCUCACCGGCUUCACUGCCUUCCGCCACUUCAUCUACGCCAUCACCAAGCUGCCCAAGCAGGCCAACCCGAAGAUCAAGCUGUUUCUCAACGAAUGCGACUUUCCACAUAGCAUGCGGGCGUUCAUAGCCCUCCACCUGCUCAGCACGCGCAGCGGCGACCCAGCCAUGAACGCAGAGGCCGUCAUCCACUCGUGGUACUCGAGCCGCGUGCCCAAGGCCAUUUGGCAACACAUUCGCUCCAUUGUGGACCGACCUGUUGUCACUGUGCUAGCGAAUGUUGGAAAACACGGGCAAGGGCAGGAAAACGGCCCAGAAGCACCUUGUCGUUCCCGCCUAAAAGAGGGACGCUUCCAGAUGGACACGGAAUUUACCGCAGCGCAGUGGCAGGAGAUCUGGGGGCGCCUCUGCGAGCCUGGGACCAUUAUGGUGCCCAAGGCGACCGUGAUUCGUUUCCUGGACGUGCGGAAGCAUUCAAAUCCCGCCGUCGUGUACAAGGCAAGGAUGACCAGGGCGAGGCAGAUGGGGCUCCAGAAGUGGCAGUUUGACGGCUGCCUUUUGCCCUACGCGCACCCACGCGAUGACUUUGACACCGUCAACCCUUUGUUCCUCCAUAAAAACACGACGUUUCCUCCUGGCGCGACCCAGGAGCCAAUGGGAGAGUGGCCAAUGGAGUAUCUCGACAACACCGAGUCUCCAGCUCCAAACGACGUCUACGGCAAGCUCUUUUACUACUUGCGCAGCCUGCUGCUUGAGUUCCAGCAGCGAUUGCAGACACUUGACGUGUAUGUGCAGCUCACGAGCGAGUCCGCUGGCCAACUCGUGCAUUGGGAGGAUGAUGCCAUUGCGCGCGAACCCUUCGACCGUAUUGCCAUAGGAGACCUGUGGGAUAUGCACCCGCUUCUUACGCUCGUGGCGUUUUCACGCAUCUUGGCACAUCGAGACGAGAACCCGAACGCGGCCCUUUUGGCUCACACGGCCGGCUGUUUGUUUCACAAUGACCCAGUGGUGUCCAAAGACAAGGACAGAGAAGAGGAGUUCAUGUACAAGCCAACCAAGACGGUUCUUGACGAGUACGCGCCGCCGGUGCCAGCCGACAUAUCACACGACGACCCCAAGAGCAUCCGGCGCAACCUAGGUCUUUUGAUGUGGAGAAAUUGGGAUCGCUUCGCCGCCAAAUACUUUUCUUCGCCCGAACGAUUUGCCUACCGGUCGCUGAUGCCGUUGGACAACCCGGUCAUAGAACAUGAAAGCGUAUUCCAAGCCGGAUUCCUGGGGAUGAUUCCACGCGAAAAGCACAGGGUGGUGCCGCGCUGGCCCUUGCGCUUGGUCCACGGCAACUCCUCGAAGCCUUCGCUCCGCGACUUCAACCGCUAUAUGAGUUGGGGUACUCACCCUACUCGCCUUUCGGUUCGCUGGAUGGAAUGGGUCUUCUCCGGGCAAGAUCCGCGCGAUGCUGAGUGGGAGCUCUGGAUGGCGUUUAGCCAGCAAAGGUCUCCGGAGGAGUGUUUGCGUUUGCUCAAAGACAAGGUCAACGGCGUGAGCGCCUCCCGUGGUGGUAGUGACGACGAGGUCACAAUCAAGCAAGUCGAGGAAGGCAUGGGAAACAUGAGUCUUCAGAUGUCGAUCGAGAGGGCGUCGGGCGAUUCCACCGAAUUCAUGGAUCCCUUCUUGACUGAUGAUCUGGGUAGCGAGGUGGGACAGUCGCCUAUGGCAGCCAAGACUGCUGGUGGCGGCGGCGGUCACAGCGUUGGUCGCCGUGCUGGCCAUUCUACUGGCAGUGUCUUCUCCGGAGACAAGAGCUCCCACACCCUCGACGUGGAAGAAGUCUCGGAACCCGAGGAGGCUCAGUCCACGAAAAAAGCCAAGAAGAAAAAGAAGAAGAAGAAGGCCAAGGAUCAGUAAGCAGGAUCGAGGCUCGGCGUAGCGAAGGAGCGAAACAGAUGUUGAGUAUUAGCGUUCUGGCUAGCAAUCAUAGUGAAGGAAUAG